AUGAACUCGACUUAUUUCCUGCGCGGCAUUCUUCUACUGGCCCAUCUCUUCCAUGAUCGGGCCUCUGCGGCAUAUCGAACACAAGAAUAUGGAGAGAUCGCGGAGAUAGGAAGGGUCGAUUCGAUCGAAAGUGUACACGCUCCUCUCCUAAUGAAAAGUGUUCAGGAACCAUCCAGUCAUCGGAAAGGGCGCCUUUCAUCCAUACAUCAGAAGAUCAAAGGUCUACGAACAAGCUCGCAAGAAAAUGGACCUAUUGAAGUGGACAAGGAACUGAGAGUCUGGCUGGACAAGAUUUACAAACCAGACGGUGGAAUUGAACUGUUCCUAAUUAGUGGUCGUGCUGGAACCCCAUUCCGACGAAUCCAGCGACCAGAAUCGUUCAAGGUGUAUGCUACAGAAAUUGAACCCGUUCGAAAGCUGAUAGAGCAAUUCAAGGCAGAUCCAGAGAGUCCAUAUAUGAGGAAUCUGGUUCAUGAUGUGAUGUGGGAGAUUUUCACAAUGACCGGAAAAAACGAUGAAGAGCUUGCCAAGAUUGCGACUUGUGCUAAAGCACUUGCCGAUGUCACUAACGCCAAGCAAUCUGACAUCAACAAGUUAACUGAAUUCGAAAAAGUCAACAGGGAGUCCUUCACCUUCCACCUCAAGCCAUGGACGGCACACCGUAAAUCUGUAAACAAAAAAGCGUCGCUUCUCUUGCACUAUCUCGCACAAAUGUUGUCCGGCGGAUUGCCAUCCAUACCUUGGGAGAUAAAUUGGAAUAUCAUUAGAGGUAUUAAAGGACCAAAAACAAGAUCUGCGGAAAAUGACCCUGUCAAAGUAGCCAAGGAACUGAAGGUCUGGCUGGACAGUAUUUACAACCCAGAGGGUGGAAUCGAACUGUUCCUAAUUACUGGUCAAGCUGGAAACCCAUUGAAACGAAUCCAACCUCCGAAAUCGUUCACGGCGCAUGCUACAGCAAUUGAACCAGUUCGCAAGCUGAUGGAGCAAUUCACGGCAGAUCCAAAGGAUGAAUCUAUACAAAAUCUGGUUCAUGAUGUGAUGUGGGAGAUUUUCAGGAUGUCCGGAAAAAACGAUGAAGAGCUUGCCAAGAUUGCAACCUGUGCUAAAGCACUUGCCGAUGUCUCUAAAGCCGGGCAAUCUGACAUCAACAAGUUAGCUGAAUUCGAACAAGCCAACAGGCAUCACUUGACCACCCACUUUCAGUUUAUCUCCCCAUGGACUUCAUACCUUUGCCCUCCUGUAAACAGACAAGUCUGGAAUCUCUUGCGCUCCCUUGAGAUAAUGUUGACGGGCGGGUACCAUUGA